GCGAAGGUUAUUUCUAAAUGUAGAGAAACCUCUGGAUGUACUUUUGUUGAAGUGUUUGUCACAAAAAGAUAAGACUGGUAACGGAUAUUCGGAAACCAUGAACUAUCAUCUGCAUUUUUUAAUGUCAAUAUACUUUGGACUUUUACACACGAUAGUGGAAAGUGGAGAUACUAAAAUGAAUAUGGUGUUGAGAGCCUUAAUGUCUCCGACGCCACUACCAACUACAAUGCCUCCGACGCCAUCACCAACUACAAUGCGUCCACUGCCUUCAAUGCCAAUGAUACCCCAGCCACCAAGAUGUGUUUAUAGAGGACAAACAUAUCGUUUUGGUGAGAUGAUUCAACAGGGACAAUCAGGAAACUGGUGCCAUUUCACAAUGUGUGACCUUUCAGGGCAAAUCAUACAUGGGGAUGACUUCCACUGUUCUACAACUACAUUACUCCCAACUACAAACUUACCACGAACCACAACACCACGUGGAUGUUUCUUUGAAGGGAGACAUUACCAACUCGGGGAACAAAUAUCAAGCGGACAAUCAGGAAACUGGUGCCAUUUUUCAAUGUGUGACUAUUCAGGUCAAAUCCAUGGUGAUGUCUUUAACUGUUUGGCAACCUUACGGCCGACAACACCAACAUAAUACAUUGUACAUAUAGGCUGAUCAGUUCAAUAAUAAACUCAGUCGUUUUUAC